CUCAUUGAUUGUUAUUAUACAAAAGUUGAAUAGGGAGAGAGAUCUACAUCUCAAUACCAACUAUAUUUGAUUUGUAGAUUUUAUCAUGAGAUUCCAAAUUAUGAUGAUCGUAGAAAACCCUUAAACAUUUUUCGAUAACAUAUUGAUUAUAAAGAUUUAAUUACUUGGGUACAUAAUUGAUGUGAUGCAAAGAUUGUAUGGAUGACAAUUCAAAAGAUGGAGAGCUCACAAUAUGUUGGGUAUUGUCCAACCACCCUUCGGCCUAUAGAUUAGAGAAAACCAAGCUUGCACUACGAAUUGAGCCAUAAUCAAAGCACCAAACUGUUAGAUAUGAGCCCAGAAUCCCUCCUUUGUGGACUUGGAAGGGAAAUCUCCUAAGUACACCAUACACAUACAUGAGAACAAUAUUAGUAGGUUGGUCUAAACCAGAUAAGUUCUGAAUGGCAUUUUCAAUGGCACAGUUCGCUAGUCAUUUUCACAGUUCAAAUCCAGGCAUUCCUAACAUUUUUCAAUUUCCAGCCAGCACUAUGGCAUUGGCACGCAGCUUUUAGCAAUUAAAGCUUCAGGAUUAUGUACAGCUAUCAGAUGUUCUGGCUGGCAGUGGUCUAUCGAGACCCUUUGGUAGGCCUGAUAGAGUCUUGUCACUGCUCAAACCAGGGGGUGUUAUAUUCCACCAACCAUAGCACUGCUUCACACACCAAGGAUGGGAUGGGACCAUAGCGACAGUUCAUGGGGCACCCUUCAACUAACAGAGAUAAGAGGCUAUUGUUAUGAGAUAGAAUACUGGAUUCCUCCAAGCCGUGCAAUUGAAUAUGAUAAAGAAUACUGUUGUUCUAACCUGGUUGGGUUUGGCAAACAUAACUUGCCUAAUGAUGGUAUACACUAUACAAGUCAUUUGGCAUAUAAGAGCAAGCAAUUAGUCCAUAAUAGCAAUAAAUGAAUUUUUGCUGAAUUCAACAGUCGUUGUCAAGCAUAUCAUAUCCAUGUAAUUUACAAGGGGAUGAUAUUCUUGAGGUUGUGGAAAAAGCUUACCUUCCCAAAACAAAAAACCCAAUCUACAAAACAAAGAAGCAGGGAGAUAUUUGUGCCUAUUAAUUUGGCAAUGAAUUAUCUACAUCAUGUAACAAACUGGUGCCAGUUAAGACUAUUCUGGAUUUUAUUCUCAGAGAAAAGGAUUCAGAUAAAAGAAUCAGGUAUGCUAUGACCUUCUAGGAAAAGAAAAAGCCCUCCACUACUUUUUCACAAAUAUCACAUUCAUGUCAUACCAUUGAGGUUGCUAUUGUUUCACCAUUAGACUUCAAUCCACAUGACAUACCUGGACAGUCCCCAUCCAAAGAUUUAAUAGUCUUACCCUUUUUCAAGGUGGCCUUAGCCAGGUCCUUUGCUCAAGUGGGCAUGAGCCAAUAAUAGAUCUACCUGCUUUAAUUAACACCUGCAAGAAAGAGAAAUUUGCCUCAAGGUACAGGGCAUACAGAGCCUACAGUGAAGCACACAUCUUGAACUCAAGAAAGCAGCGUAAUCAAU